GGAAGAGACCCCAGGGGGUCAUCUAGCCCAACCCUCUGCAAUGCAGAAACCACAAGCGCCAGACAUUUAAUGUUGCCUGCCUCCGGAAUCCCACAAGCAGGAUGGAAUGCAGGAAAUUUCAGAUCACGCAAAAGUCCGGCUGGUUUGGCUCAGCGAAGAGGAAGAGGUCGCAAUCCGCACACGCCAAGGGCGGGAACCGCGCAAAACCGGACGGCAUGGAUUUUUGGAGAUCCCAGCUGCGGGACGCGAGGAACAAGAAGCCGCCUCGGCGAUCCUACUCCAUCUACCGCAAGAUGCCCGAGGGCGACGGAGACCCCGAAGGGCUGCAGAUGAAGGUGGUGGAGGCUGAGCGGCCUGGGGCUGCCCGUGGCGGCGAGAAGGCAGGAGACAGGGUGCAGUGCCCGUGGAAGCAUCGCUGGAAAGCCGUGGUCUGCCUCGUGCUUGUGGGACUCCUGGUCUUCAUUGUGGCCUUCCUCCUGGGGUACAUCCUGUCCCGAGGGUCUUCCUGCAUGGUCUGCGGAGACUACCUGGCCGUGGUGAACGACGAGAGCCCCGCCGAGGCGGAAGACGACCAGAGGGGAGCCCCGCUGUACUGGGCUGACUUGCGGGAGAUGUUCCAGAAGUAUCUCAAUGAGGAGAAGAUAGAGGGGACCAUCAGGAUGAUGAGCGAAUCCCCCCACCCGCCUGGCUCCCCUCGCCUGGAUGCCCUCUCCCGCCAUGUCCUCAGUGCCUUCGGCUCCUACGGCCUGGACCACAGCUGGACCGACAGCCAUGUGGGGCUGCAGCGCCCUGACCGCCUGCGCCCCAAUUUCCUGCAGCGGGUGGACACAAAUGGGGUCGUGGUGGAGAAACUGCCGCUGGAGGACCCGGAGGUCUACUGCCCCUACAGCGCUUCCGGCACCGUCACGGGGGGCCUGGUCUUUGCCAACUAUGGGCGUCGAGAGGACUUUGCGGCGCUGAAGCAGCAUGGAGUGAACCCCCAAGGCCACCUCGUCAUUGUCCGGAUCGGGGAGAUCAGCUAUGCUGAGAAGGUGGCCAAUGCGCAGGCUUCGCAAGCCAAGGGAGUUCUCAUUUACCCGGACCCCGCUGAUGUCCCACAAGACCCCCGCAAGCUGGGGCUGUCCUCAAACACAAGCAUUUACGGGCAUGUCCACAUGGGGGCCGGAGACCCCUACAGCCCCGGCUUCCCUUCAUUCAACCACACCCAGUUCCCUCCGAUUCAGUCCUCAGGACUCCCCUCCAUCCCCACACACCCAGUCAGCACCAACGUGGCUGCCCGCCUGCUCAGGCAGCUGACAGGCCCCAUUGCCCCGCAAGCCUGGAAGGGGCGCCUUCCCAAUGUUCUGUACCAGCUUGGACCGGGGGACCCCGACUUCCAGCUGCAGCUGGGAGUUCAGAACCAAAAGCAAUCCGUGAUGAUCAGCAACAUCUUUGGGUGCAUCGAGGGUAGAUUCGAACCCGAUCAUUAUGUCAUCGUGGGGGCCCAGCGGGAUUCCCUGGGUCCGGGGGCUGCCCGUUCCGGAGUGGGCACAGCCAUCCUGCUGGAGCUGGCCCGCACUUUCACAGCUAUGGUGAGAAAUGGAUUCCAGCUCCGGAGAAGUUUGCUCUUUGCCAGCUGGGAUGCUGGUGAUUUUGGCAGCGUGGGCUCCACAGAGUGGCUUGAGGGGUAUCUGACGAUGCUGCACCUUAAGGCCGCUGCCUAUAUCAGCCUGGACAACGUAGUCCUGGGAGACGACAAAUUCUUCGCCAAGACCAGCCCUGCACUUGUCAGCCUCAUCGAAAGCAUCAUUAAGCAGUGGGACAGUCCCAGCCGUAGUGGGCAAAGCAUCUUCGACCAGGUGACCGAACAGGGUCAGCGCUGGGAGACGGAGGUAAUCCGUCCCCUUCCCAUGGACAGCAGCGCCUUCGCCUUCACCUCCUUUGGGGUCCCUGCUGUGGAAUUCUCCUUCGCAGAGGACUCCCGCCGCUACCCGUUCCUCAACACCAUGGCGGACACUUACGACAACCUCAACCGGGCUCUCUACGGGCGCCUCCCGGCCGUGGCCAAGACCGUGGCAGAGGUGGUGGGCCACUUGCUCAUCAAGCUGACGCACGACCACCUCCUGCCCCUCGACUACUGGUGCUACGGGGACGUCCUCUUGGAGCACAUCGCUCGCUUCAACGAAUACACGGCGCUGCUGAAGAGCCGAGGGCUGACCCUGCAAUGGAUGUACUCGGCCAGAGGCGAUUACAUGCGCGCAGCGGACAAGCUACACAAGGAUAUCUACAGCUCCGAGGAGCAGAAUGAGAGGCUCUUGCGCAUGUAUAACGUCCGCAUAAUGCGGGUGGAAUUCUACUUCCUCUCCCAGUACGUGGCAGUCACGGAGACCCCGUUCCGGCACAUCUUGCACGGCCGGGGCCCCCACACUGUCAAGGCCCUGCUGGAGCACGUCAGCCUAUUGCGGGAGGCCCCCCAGAGCUUCGACGAGGUCCUCUUCCGCCGCCAGCUGGCAUUAGUCACUUGGACGCUGCAGGGGGCGGCCAAUGCCCUGAGUGGAGACGUCUGGAAUAUCGACAACAACUUCUGAACACCAAAACACGUAAAACCGGGGUGGGGGGUGGGGCUCUCAUUCCUGGAGCUGAAACGAACUUUUGAAUGCAUUUCCAAAAAGUGAAAAAUGUAACCUGAGCCAUGAAAUCCCCACCCCUGAAGAAUUGUCUAGAAUCCACCAGCAUCUGUAAUUGGGAAUGUUGCAACACACUUCAGUUAUGCAGAAAGUGCAUUUUAAUUUGGGCCAGUGAAUUCUAGUCCUGCACAGCCAAAAUUUGUUUCAGCUCUACCUCCUUUUAUUCUCCUCACUGCUGCAAUCAUAGAAUUACAGAGUUGGGAGGGACCCCGAGGGUCAUCUAAUCCAACCCCCUCCUGCAAUGCAGGAAUCACAGCUUGAUCUUCUCCUUGCCUGCUCUGAAUUUAUCAGUGGCAAAGGCUCACUAUAAAUUGUCCACAUCCUGCCACACGAGUGGAGAGCAGGCUGUGGUUGUGUUUCCUGACUUAAUUGCCUCACUUACACCCUUGUUCCUUUCCCCUCCCUUCUUCUAAUUUAUCAGCAGCAGUGUCUGCUAUAAAUUUAAUUGAUUUAUUGCUAUGUAAUAGAGCGAAAUCCUGCGCUUCACAUUCACCCUUUACCUGGCACCUGUUUUAAUUGUUCCCCGUAUCCUGGUUUGUUCAGUGCCCCUUUGCUGACUCCCAGCUCCCUCGCUUCAAUAUUUAUCAGUUGCACUGAUGACUAUGUCAGCCUUUCCUAACUUGGCGCCCGCCAGAUGUUUAGGACUACAACUCCCAUCAGCCCUCCCUGUGCGAUGCUGAGCCUGAUGGGAGUUGUAGUCCGAAACACCUGCUUGAGAGCACUGGGUUUCAUGAAGGCUGCCAUAAAUGUUUAUUGCUAUGCGAUACGAUGAAAAUCCGCCCUACCUCAUUAAUAAGAACCAAAGCCUUGUUAAUUUAUCAAUGGCAAAGAUCACUAUAAAUUAUUUCUUGUUACGUUUG